AUGGACCAUACACCUCAGGCAGAAGGAGUUCUUUGUGCUCUGCCGACACCUACAGAUACGCCCUACCGAACACCGCCAAGAUCUCGGUCACGUCAAUCGCGCCGUCAUGGGAGUGCCUCGCCAGACACAUCUUCAUCUCCGGUCCAUCUUCUCCCGAACGGCGACUUCCCUCCCAGAAUAAGUCAUGAGACGUUGAACUCAGCCACUGACGAGAAGAUAUCUCCGUUGGACCCGCGUCGUUUCACCCCAAGCUUACACGCAUCCCUGGUCUCUGAGAUAUUAUCACUACGGAGAGAGGUUGAAAACAAGACGAAGGAUAUCGAGCACCUUGAAGCCAGUCUGCACAGAACUCGUAACGAGAAUGAAUCCCUCCUGGAAACGGUGGCGUCGAGCUCAGAGGAAACGCGAUCCAUCAAGCGUCAAAUGCAGAUUCUGGAAGGUGGAAGCCUGUCAGCAAUGAGCGAGCUCUCUAAAGAGCGAGAUGAGGCUCUUAAUGAUUCAGUUGAUUUGCGGAAGCGGCUUGAGUUGUCCCAGAAGAAAAUUAGAGCGCAAGAAGAGAGUGCAGAAAGGACUCAGGUGCUUUGGGAGCGUGAUCGAGGCAACUGGGAGAGAGAAAAGCGGGGCCUUGAGACAAAGGUACAUGUCGUUGAAGGCCGCCUAAAAGUCGUCCUCAACGAGCUGGGCAACACGCAAGUGGUGAAUGGACAAAUAUCGCAUCAGGAUGUCAACCACUACGAGUCACCGAAGAAGAUGCACCUUAGAAAAGGAAGUACGGCCAGUAUGCGAUCAACCGGGUUGGGAGGACGACGGAGGGACAGCGAGGCUUCAGCGGGGACCCAAGAGGGCGACUUGCAUGGGUAUCGACUUUCGUACAUGAAUUUUAACAAUGGUCAUUCGAUCUGCCUAGCUGACGAGCUUGCCUUUGAUGAAGUGGAAGAGGAUCAGAUAAACCACGAUGCACGACAUGAAGAACAGAUUUCAGCAGAUGAGCUGCCAGAAGAACGACCCGUGUCUUCUCACUCCCGUUCGAUGGACCAGAAGGCCAGAAAGAUUUUAGGACUUGCCCAAGAGGAUCAGUUCCCGGUCUUCGCUGAAAAUGAGCAGCAGAGACACAGCAUCAAUAUAAGCUUGAAGAACAACGUCGUCAGCAAGCUCCAGGCUCUUUACCAAGUGCAAUAUGUUGAUGCUGCGACGCAAUAUUCUCCGCCCUCUCCAAAGCUAUGGCCCGCAACAAAUAGUCCGACGGGAACAGGAAAUGAAAACAAAUUGAUAUAUUCUGUCAAUGCCCUGUCUCACAAAGACCCUGCAGCCUUUUCAAGCUCAAUAGAUACCGGAGAAAGUCCUUCUACGCCACCCAAACCAGGGAGCAGCAUGGUUUCGUCCUCUUGCCAGACUUCGAGCCAGCUACCUAGUCCACCUCGGACACCAUUGAGUCCAUAUAAUCCUACCACGGAAGAUUCGCCUCCUCGUCCUGUAGCUGAGCCUCAAAUGAUCAGCAGGGCCACCCAAACAGAUCGGAUUGAUAAAGCCGAAACUUAUGACGAAAGCAAGAUGUCCGCAAAUGAUUCUCAGAAGCUCCCCGUCCCCAUCAUCGCCAUCCAUCCUCCAGCAUCUAGGCCAGCUACUCCAACAAGUAAUGUUGUACUACCGCCGCAGACGAAGAAUGCCUCCUGUCAAGUCAAUAUUCGUCCGCUGCUGGACUACACCUCGUCCUCAAUGCAAACCGAGGAGAUUCGCAUAGACACUCGGACAGGUCAGUUACCGCAAAGAUUGUUGCCUUUCAGAAAGCCGCCCAAAUUGGUGGAUCAGACGUCUUCCAAGAGCCAGCCAGCAGCUCAAGCUACGAGCCCACUUCCUAACUCGUCCAGACGCAGAUUACAGCAACCAGGAUCUAUCAAGCCUGCGACUUCUCGAAGACGGGUCAUCGAUUUCACUACAGAGGCGGACAUACCGCCAUCGACACCCGAGGUUGAAGAACCCGUUAUGUCGACGCAGACCGAGAACGUGGCGCGUACUUCGGAACUCAGCGCCUCGUAUGGAGAAAGUGGAAAUCAGAUGAAUGGCAAAUUUGUUGAGCAGGAUCAGAAAAGAUUCGAUGAAGACGAUAUCUUCAGCCGGCCCACUGCAAAGUUUACCUUGAAGGCGGGCAAGCUGGUGUCCAAAAACGAGCCAGAAGCUGAUGAUCAGGAUGUCUUCGACCCGAUCGACGUUGAAGCACAUGAGUCGGAAACGUCUCCUGUAGACAACUUGGGUGUGGACAUGGCAAACCUGCCUUCACGGCGAAGCACCCGAGGGAACAUUUCUGCAGCUCGACCUUUAGAGCGGAAAACAAAGACGUUGAGGGCGGCCUCUUCCAAGCAGCCUGAUAUUCGAAAGGCGGCUCUCAUCUCCAGUGGUGCUGCUGCUCACCAAUUUCACCGCGAUCGGAGUCCGAGCGCUCCAGCGAUAGCGCCUCCGUUUGCUAUACCCACGAGGCAUAGUUCGAGGAAACCUCCGCAGUCUCUUAGCGAGGGUGCUCGAAGCCCUACCCCAACUGGGAGGUCACCACGCAAGAGAGACGGGAAGGGUCGUAAACCUUCACUGAGAAAGGUGAAGUCCACAACAAAUGUGCCGCGGCCCUCCGCUCCUGGCCAUCAACGAAGCUCUUCGCCACCACUACCACCUUGUUUUGAUUUCGUGAAUGACCCCGGACCGGUAUUACCGCCUCUGCCAUCAGACAAUACGACCCCCCCUUUUGGCUUGGACUCUGCAACCGUUGCAAGACGCAGAGGGCAAGUCCGACACGAUCCUCAUUCGACAUCAGACUCGGCCAGAACUAUAUUACAGCAGACCUCGGUGGUCGACGCUAUUGCUCAAACAAUGGUAGGUGAAUGGAUGUACAAAUACAUUCGGAGAAGAAAGUCAUUCGGAGUCCCCGAACCAAAACAUCAAGAAUGGGAUCUCGUGAAACAUGGAGAGGAGCUAUCCGCUAGCAUCACCAACACGGGUGUGAGACACAAACGGUGGGUCUGGCUCGCACCAUAUGAGAGGGCGGUUAUGUGGAGCAGUAAGCAACCAACUUCGGGAUCUGCUCUGAUGGGUAAAAGUGGACGGAAGUUGGACAUCCAAUCUGUUCUUGAUGUCAGAGACGACAAUUUGUUACCCAAAGCUUCUGCCACUGGACCACAAUUCAACCGAUCGAUCCUCAUACUGACUCCCGAACGCGCUUUGAAGUUCACGGCCACAAGCCAAGACCGACACUAUGUUUGGUUGACUGCCCUUUCCUUUCUCAGCCACUCACCUCUGGGAUUAGGGGAUCUGGCUGCCCUACCCUCUAUCCCACAACAAGAAUACCUGGCCCCACAAGCACCACCGCUCGGUGGUUCACUUCGAAGAAACCCGAUUCGUGACUCGAUCCGUGUCGCCAAAGGAAGAGGUCCUCAUGGAGGAGGGGUGGGCCAUCGCUCCUUUACAACCGAUGGUGUUAUUGCCCAUCACCGGCCUGACAGGGAAGCUGCAUACGAACCUCCAGAGCCAAUCUAUAUUCCCGAUUCUGAUGCCGCAGAUCCACCAACCGUACCUCGCUACUCAUCCCACUCCAGACACCGAAGCAAUACCGCCUCUCGUGCACCAGCACCCUCUUUCCGCAAUUUCUCCUCCAAUCACAGCCGCACUUUCGCGCCACCUCCUCCAGCAACCUACAGCAUGACCCACACCACCACCGCUGACCUAUAUACCCCAUCCCAUCACAACGGACCCUAUUCCGCCAGCUUACCCAAUACGAAGACCACGUCCAGCCGCCGUGGCUCGGAAGCAAGCGCCGCGCACAAUGCCGCAGGUGGUGGCUAUUCCGACCACGUGACCCCCACCAUGAGAAUGACAGCCUUCAUCGCUGAAGAAGAUGUUCAGAGACCACAUGACAGACGGCAGGGCAGGAAAAAGAACACGGGAUAUUGGGGUGCAGGCAGCGAAAGGACGCCGGCGAUGACGAAGCCUGGGAUCCAUCUCCCAGAUGAGGUUGUGAGUAACCGAUCCAGAUCGUCGACCAGGCAAGGUGGUCACUAUCCUGGGACGGGUAUGAGUACGACCACGAAGGCGGAUUCGCAGAUUGAUGGCGUGUCCAUCGGGAGCGAGGACACUUUGCGGGGGACGAGACUGGUCAUCCAGGAAGAUUGGGAAUCCGACGAUGCGCAUGUGGCCCGCAAUCAUUUCCGUGGGUUUUGA